AUGCUGAGCAUCAUGCAGGUUAAUGUAAAAAGAAUUUUGAGUAGACUGGACACAGUAAACUUUAGACCCUUCAGUGUGAGUCCGGCCUGUGGUGUACUGCCUGUGGGAGAGAGCAUGCAGGUGACAGUAGAGUUCACAGCUCCAACCACAGGGGACCACGUAGCAGACCUGGUGCUCACAUAUGACACAGGUGAACAAAUCUUUGUGGAGCUACACGGGGUUGCACUGAAUGCAAACGUGCGGCUGGAUAAGAGUUCUCUCCGCAUUGAGAACACGUACAUCUCCAUGGCGAACCAACGAACAAUCAACAUCGUGAACCGCAGCGAUGUCAUCGUUCACUACCACUGGAAACUGUUUGCCACUGUGGAGGAGGAGAGUCAACAGAGAACCCACUACAGCUCAGAACUGUCUCACGAGGAGUCUGUGGAGAGAGAGCGCUUCCUGGAGGAGUGCAUCACCGACCCCACUCUGAGAGACAAGAUGUCCCUGUUGACGAGGACCUAUGAGAACAGACGGAGGAUCGUCUCAGGAGACAGCAUGCUGUUCGCCGAUGACGUCUACCAGAUCGAGCCUCUGGAGGGGGAAAUCUGGCCCAACCAAUCAGCCGAGGUUUCUGUGAUCUUUAAGCCGCAGGAGGCGAAGACGUAUCAGCAGGUGGCGUACCUGGACAUCACGGGCAGGGAGGCCCGUCUGCCGCUCAGACUACGGGGAGACGGAAUCGGCCCAAACGUGCAGUUUUCCUUUGAGCAGCUGGACAUGGGAAACAUCUUUGUAGGGUCCAUUCACACCUACGAGGUUGUACUUGCCAACAAGGGUGACAUCGAUGCCAUUUUCAGCAUCCUUCCCAACAACACACAUUUUGGCCUGUGCUUCACCUUCAACCCAACAGAGGGCAUUGUUCUACCUGAUGGACACCAGGCCAUACAGAUUACCUUCAGGUCUGCAACACUUGGUGACUUCCAGGAAGACUUCUAUGUAGCCAUUGAUGGUUCCCCACAUAGGCUGAAGCUGUCCUUCAGGGGAUGUGUCAUUGGACCCACAUUCCAUUUUGAUGUUCCACGACUGAACUUUGGAGUUGUGUCUUAUGGUUUCCAGCACACCCAGACCUGUACCAUAGUAAACACAGCCCUGGUGCCCAUGACCUUCAGCCUUCAUGUACCGGGAGACGGUACCGGGGAACGCAGCAUUUGUAGUCUGUUGGACUUGGAGGAGGGAACUCACGCCAGCGACCAUCAUCCCAACCAAAGUGUGUCCACUGCACUGCAGGAAUUCAUCAUUGUACCCUCCAGUGGAACUAUCCCUGCACAGAGCCAAGUCAGGGUCCAGGUGACCCUGGUGUCCAACACAGUGAAGAAAUAUGACUCCAUGCUGGUGGUGGAUGUACAGGGUGUAGGCCAGGGCAUCCUCAUGCUUCCCAUAGUGGCCAAGUGUAUAGUGCCAACCCUGGCUGUGGUGACUCCUAUACUGGACUUUGGGCGCUGUUUCCUGGGCUUCCCUUAUGAACACAGCAUCAAGAUCCUGAACGACACAGAACUGCCUGCUAAGUACGACAUCAUACCACAGGCGGUGGAUGAUUCAAGCACCCUGACGUACCAGAGCUCCCAGUGGCGGGGGAUUCUGCAGCCCCACACCGUGACAGAGAUCCCCCUUACAUGUACAGCACAGCAGCUCAACGAGGCUGAGGAAGUCGUGUACAUCCACAUCUUUGGCAGCCAGGACCCUCCUAUGCAGGUGCAUGUGUGCUGUGUGGGAGAGGGACCAGUGGUGCAUGUGGCACCUACAGAGCUCGACUGGGGAGAUAUCCAGGUGCUGACAGAUGUGCACAGGACCGUACAGCUGUCCAACGAGUCACUGAUACCAGCACCCUUCUCUGCACAAAUGAUGCGGCCGGGGUCUGUGUGGCGGGUUGAGCCACAGGAAGGCGUGAUUCCUCCGGAGUCUGCCCAGGAGCUGGUCCUCACAGCACACCUGGACGACUGCAUCAGGUUCAAGGACAAACUGUACAUCCAGUACCCCAGCAGCCAGCCGCGUACCAUCGUGGUCCAGGCCUACGGACACGGCACCACCAUUGUAGCCAACUCUCCAAUCACACCUGCCGUUCACCUGGGCCCACACUUCAGUGACAGCCCCUGCCAGUACCACUUCCAGCUGACCAACAAGGGCCGGCGGCACCAGCAACUGUUCUGGCACACCGAGGGGUUCCCCAUGUACCGCAUCCGCAGGAACACUUCCAACAACAACCAGAAUGGUCCGACCAGUGAACCCAUCUUCCACCUGAAACCCCACCGUAUGGAGCUGAACCCGGGACAAACCAUUGAUGUCAUGUUGGAGGGGCUGACAAAAAAGCCCCAGAUCUUGCGGGAGCGUAUGUUGUGCCAUGCUAUCAUUGGUCAGACCAGCGGGAAGGAGCACAUCAUGACGAUGGACAUCAAUGUGGAGUUCAUCGCUCCACUGCUGGAUCUCUCCACUCGCAACAUCAACUUCAGGAUAGACAAAAACCCAGAGGAUGUGCUUGAGGUUCAGCACCAGCCCUUGGAGCUGAGGAACAUGUCCUCCCUGCCCCUCACUGUGCUGCUGGAUGUGGACCACCCCUUCUCCCUGCUGUUCUCUGAUGGACGAUGCAUCACACAUUCGAUUGCAGAGGAUGUUCUUGCUGCUGAUGCUGGAGAAUGUGUCAUAUGUUUUGAAGAUCUUUCCCAAGGAGACACUAUAGCGCGCCUGCCCUGUCUGUGCAUCUAUCACAAAGGAUGUAUUGACAAGUGGUUUGAGGUAAACCGUUCCUGUCCAGAGCAUCCUGGGGACUGA